AUGGUCCACCAGCACGGAGAUCACCACGAUAUCCCCAAAGAGCACAAGCGCCACAAGCACGGUGCCUGGCUUCCCACAGACCAUCGCACACAACAUGAAUGGCUCGCUAGACAGAUUGACCAUGUUGACAAGAAACACAAGUCCGGUCAGAAGAAGCCACUCAGCCCGGCGCUGCAAGAGUUCAAAGAUCUGAUUGAGACCAACCCUCGCAUCUACAUGUACUUCACCGCCAUGUGGGACGAGGUGCCACAGAAAGCGCCUUACCUGACGGAUCCCGUCGGCAAGAAGCAAAUUCGGGACUACAAGCACAUGCUUGACAUGCUGAAUCACAUUCUUAGCAAGGCACCCGAGUGGACCGAUGCCGCCUUCGGUGUCGGUAUGGUCGGUGUGCCCAUGUGCGGCAUCUUUGACUAUGUCAUGGCCACGCCCAGUGGUCACGCAGCAUUCCUGGACCCAACAGUCAACGCUGCCGUGAAAAAGGUGCUGAAUGAGUGGGGCCAGUACUUGCUGACUGAGGAUUCUGCUCACGUCUUGGAGAACCACUCCGAGGGUUGGUUUGGCGAACAUGCCACAAAGGACGUCAUGGAAGUUGCCAAUAAGCCGCUAAAGACUGAUCACAAAUUUGAAGAUAUGUUUGUUUGUGAACCAAGUAAGAAGUACUAUGGCUACAAGUCGUGGGACGACUUCUUUACCCGCAAGGUACAUGACAGUGCUCGCCCAGUUGCUAGCCCCGAUGAUGAUAGCGUCAUCGCCAACUGUUGCGAGUCGAAAGUCUACAACGUUUGCCACGGGGCCAAGCUGCGAGAUCAUUUCUGGAUCAAGGGCCAGCCCUACUCGGUUCUUGACAUGCUGGGCCACGACCCCCUUGCACGCGAAUUUCAGCAUGCCACAAUCUACCAGGCCUUUUUAUCGGCGUUGUCAUACCACCGUUGGCACUCGCCCGUUAGCGGCACCGUCAAGAAGGCUUUCCUGGUCGAAGGCACCUACUUCUCUGAGCCGCUCUUUGAAGGUAUUGGCGAGAACAACCAGGUUGAGAUCGACAAGCGCGGCAUCAGCGUUGCCCAGGGCUACCUCACUGCUCUAGCCACGCGCGCAGUCAUCUUCAUUGAGGCAGAUAAUCCAGACAUCGGCCUCAUGGCUUUCAUCGGCGUGGGCAUGGACGAGGUUAGUACUUGCGAAAUCACUGUCAAGGAGGGACAGCAUAUCAAGAAGGGCGAACAGACUGGCAUGUUCCACUUUGGUGGAUCCAGUCACGUUCUGUUAUUUAGAGAAGGCGUCAAGGUUGAGGGCUUCCCAGAAGUCGGCAGAGAUGAGAAUGUGCCGGUUAGAGGCCAGCUUGCUGUCGUGAAGAAGUAG